AUGAGUUAAAGCACUAGAACCAGGUAUUAAUACAAUUAAUGAAAACAUAGAGCCAAUAGUCAAUAGAGUUAGAUUUCUAGAAAAAGCAUUAGAAAAUAUAGUUCUGAUUACUAUGAGUCAGAUGCAUCUGAUUCAGAACCUAUGAUGAAGAAGAGAAUUGUAAAAAUAUGGACACCAGAGGAAGAUGAAAUGCUUUAGAAUUUUUAUGAUAAAUUUAAUGGAAAUUGGACAUAAGUAGCUUAAGCUAUACCAGGAAGAAAUCAAUCUUAGUGUUCAUAAAGAUGGAAAAGAAUAAAUCCGAAUAGAGUAUCUUAAGAAUUGUAUAAAGAUUAAAAUAAGAAAACCAUGGACGGAAGAAGAGGAUAGGCAGGUUUUACGUUUGAUUUAAAAGUUUGGGAAAAAUUGGAAGAGAAUUGAAAACGAAAUGAAUGGGAGAACAGGGAAACAGAUAAGAGAAAGAUUUAUCAAUAAAUUAGACAAAGCAAUCAAUCAUGAUCCAUAUGAUGAGAAAGAAGAUGAAGAUAUCUAUUAAUUGUAUAUAAGUUUGGGUCCUAAAUGGAGUGAAAUAUCUAAGUAAUUAAAAGGAAGACCAGUAAUCAUUUAAAUUAAAUAAUAUAGGAAAAUUCUGUAAAGAAUCGGUUUUAUUCUCAUAUAAAGAAAUACUAUAAUAUUUAAACAAAGGAAUCUGAUUCAGAUGGUAAAGUGAUGAAUCCUCAAUAGUAAUAAAAUAAAUCUGAUUUUACAGGAUAAGAGUAUCUCAGAGAGUAAAUAUAAAAGGAAGAUAAAUAAUUAGAUACUAUACAAAGUUAGUUUGAGUAAGAAAACUCAAUAAACAAUUUAUAAUAAUUCAAUCAUUACAUGUAAAUCUCCUAUAAUGGAUUUGGUAAAGGAGGUAAAUGAAAAUAUGAUAAAUUACAUAGAUUCUCUAAAUUCUAAUGGAGACUUCUUGUAAUUACCACAUUAGAUGAGUUUAGAAUAGAAACAACUUUAUGGAAUUGAGAAUUCUCAUUCUGGAUCCAAUAUAUACUAAGAUGUCUAACUACCUUUUCAAGAUUUAUUAGAAGAACAAGGAGAAUAAUAAUAAAUAUAGAAAAAAUUAUCAGCUAAUCAAUAUUUAAGAACAGAGAGUGAUAUAUUUAAUUAAGAUAUAUAAUUACAAUCUUAAUUGAGUAAAUUGAGUAUGGAAUAAGAAUGA